AUGCCAGGAAACGCAACAAAAUUGAUUCAUGGUGCUGACGAAUUGAUCCGUGUUCCAGAUGUAGCACCUCCCAUCAACGUGUCUACCACAUUCGCUUAUUCAGACGAUCCAUCACAAUGGGUUAAGGCGGCUGAUGCCACUUCGAUUUGGGGCGAACGGCCCAUUUAUUCACGGGAAUCCCAUCCCAAUUCUGAGUUGGUCGAGCAAACGAUCUCUUCCCGUGUUGGCUCGUAUGUGGUAGCUUACUCCUCUGGUCUUAGUGCGUUCAAUGCUGCAAUUACCCACUUCAAUCCCAAGGUUCUUGCCAUUGGUCAUGGCUACCACGGCGUUACGGGAAUUGCAGACAUUUGGACACGUAACCAUGGCUUGAAGCAAAUUUCAUUGGAAGAUGACUUCUCGCAACUCAACAAAGGCGACUUGGUUCAUGUAGAAACACCAAUAAACCCAUUGGGAACGGUUUAUGAUCUUGAAACAUUGAGUCGCAAAGCCCACGAAAGAGGUGCUUUUGUGUUGGUAGAUGCCACGUUCGGUCCUCCUCCUUUGCAGGACCCUUUCAAGCAUGGAGCAGACAUGGUUAUGCACUCUGCUACGAAGUAUUUUGGUGGUCACAGUGACUUGUUGGCAGGUCUCUUGUUUGUCAAAGACAAAAAGACCAGAGAUCAAUUGGUGGAAGAUAGAGUGUACUUGGGUACAAACAUUGCCAAUUUAGAGAGUGCACUCUUACUCCGUAGUUUGAAGACUUAUGAAUUGCGGGUUUCGAAACAAUCUCAAAGUGCCACUGCCAUUGUCUCCUACUUGGCAGAACACCAAAAGGAGAUUCCUCACUUGAAAAAAAUCUAUCACGGAUCAUUGCAAAAGGACGAUUUCGUAGCCAAGCAGCUCGUUGGUGGACACAGUCCUGUGUUUGCCAUUGAGGUAGACUCAGAAGAGUUUGCUAAAAAUCUUCCAGGAAAACUAAACUACUUUUACCACGCCACCUCUUUGGGUGGAGUAGAAAGUUUGAUUGAAUGGCGUGCAUUGUCGGAUCCUACGUGCCCUACUACGUUGCUUCGUGUGAGUAUUGGUGUGGAAGAUGUCGAAGAUUUAAAGCAGGACUUGUUCCAAGCUUUGACUAAGUAG